AUUGUGUACAAGCUGAGCACUGGGUCGCAAGCCAAGCGAUGUUGCUGUGUCCUAUUCUCACUGCCACCGCCAGCUUUGACAAUUUACCUCGUGUUUGUAUUCCUUCUUCCUUCUACAGCGUUCGGUCCACAGUCCACAUAUCCACAUACGCACACAAUCCGGACAUAUAAAUCACGAUGCAGCCCAUAUUCAUGGUCGUUCCAACAUCUCUCCCACUGUCGAUUGUCACACGAAAUCAUGCCGCUCAGCACGCUACCAGAUAAUGUCUCAUCCCAAAUCUUAGAGUCGUUUGAGAAGAACUCUCAGCAGCACCUUAUUACAAAUGACUUGGAGAUCAGGACACGCAACAUGGUCAAGUGCUUUGCGAACACCCCUGGCGCUCUCCCCCCACCAAGCACCACUGUCCGUAGCGUUUGGAAUCUUACGCCUAACAACAAAGUUGACACGAUGCCGAUGCCGCCGCAAGGAGAUGUUAUCUUCUUUCGUGCGCCACCAACUACAUUGGACACUACUUUCGCUGUCGUCAAUAAUCCUUCAUCUCUCAUACAUGGGACUUGCACUUCUACUUCGCACACAUGCAGCGUGGAUGAUGUUUCCUCGAACAAUGUUGCUAAAGGUUAUCAGCCUAAGGCGCAAAAAAAGUUCUCACUCGAAACCAAUGGUCCUGAGGAAAACGCAUUGCCUCGGAACGACCAGCACCAUUCAUGUCCCUCAGACGCCGAGAACAGUUGUGUCACGCAACCCGGCGAAUCCCCAAUCUUCGCGGGAGGCUUUGGAAAAAUUGUUGAUGCCAAAAUGGAAGAACUCCGAGUUCAUGGCUUGGCUUUCGUUGUCAAAAGUCUGCUGACCGAUGGAGCGCAGAGCGUCCAGUCAGCGCCACUUGUUUCGAUGGUAGUGCAAACCAUGUUAGACAGGUUGGCGAAGGAAUCGCCGAAACAGAUGAAACGUCUCGAAACGGCCCUGCGCGUGAGCGCUAUGGAGAUGUUUCGCGUACACUGGAAACCAGACGGCGACUGGAAGAACAUAUGCUCCACAUCUAGUCGACACUCUACCCUCACGCUGAUAGGAGUAAACAAGGCUGGCCUUCUCGGAUCACUCUUCUCUGCUAAUGUCAUGACAGCCGAAGACAUCGCCCUUUGCUUGUCCAUACUAUUGGAGGACAUACACUUUGACCGUCUGUGCGCCAUGCACGCCCUCCUGUUAUAUGCAGACGACAGAUUGUGCAAACAACGAAAUCUGCCAGCAUUGAUUCAGCUCAUAGAAAAGUUGCGCAUUAUCGAUCCACUAACUGACUUGUAUCUGUGGUGUCCUGUGCCACAUUCCCAGGCCAUCAUGAAGGAUAUUCUUGAUACUGUCGAAGGCUGGAUGGCUAUUCAAGCACACAAGCGCGAACAAUGUCGUAUUUUUGCAAAAUCAUACUUAACUCAGAAGCCUCCGAAGGUUGUAGGGCCACGAAUGCCUGCAGAUAGAAUGACAAACAAAGCCUAACAAUCGAGUUCUGGAUGCUACCAACUAGGUUGCGCUCAUGUAUUGUAAAUAUAUAACGUACUUUCAUGUCCGUCUGUUCUCUUGAUUCGACCAAGUUCAUGUUUGUACACAAAUGUUGAAUUCAAAAUCCUUUUCGUGUAGCAGGUGACAUGUAAGCAGUUCAUCUACGCCCCUCGAGCGACAAGAAAUUGUUCCGGUAUAUCCGGAUUCUCAUAACUAGUGAGGGUAGGUACGGUGUAUAAUUCACUCUUGUCGUUCAUCCGCAACUCACGUCGUACCUUGUGCUCUAGUUAAGAACGAAACAAUCGUUUUGAUGAGAAAGCAAC